AUUCAUUUCCCUCUCUCCAGCUUCAUUCCCAACCUUAGAAAUUGAAAUCUGAACAGUUCAAAAAGAAGCUCUACGAAUUGAACUUCAAUUUCAGGCCAUGUCGGCAAAGUCCGGCGAACCCACUGCUAUCGCCGGCGGCGAUGGUGAAGCCACGGGGAACUCAGAAGGAGGAACCACCGUGGCUCUGCAGAAGAAACGGCUGAGAAGGGUGAGCUUUGCGGAAAAUACCUCAGUGCGAUUCUUUGACCGCGAUGACGACGAAAAUGAGACGCCGGAGGCACUGGAAGAAUCGGCUAGCAAGGUUGGUAAUAAUAAUGAUAGUGAAGAGAUAAUUGAGCUCCUAGGGUUCCGUCAACUGGUGAAAUCAAAAGGCGGCGGUGAAGAAGAUAGAGAAGAUGGAGACCGGCAGAGUGAUGAUGAGGAGCGUGUUGAUAUGCGUAGGUCGUUUUUGAGGCCGGUUGAAUCGCCUUCUUCAGAAAGUGGUUUUGGUUCGGCCACCUCCAAUGACGAAGAUAAUUUUUUUGGUCCUGUUUCCGCCAGUUUUAUAAGGCCUGACCGUUUAUCAGACUCUGGAGCUUCAGAUCUCAAUCAUGAUGUUACCAUGGAUUCAACUGCAUUCUCCAUGCAUUUCCGGAGCUUGGCUAGGUCAGAUUCAGGAAUUGACUUAAAGACACCCACAGAAUCUCACUUAUCCUUUGAGGAGAAGACACCAACGCAGACUAACAUAGGAAGUUCAAUGGAAAUUACAGUGCCCAAAAAGUUAAUUUCCCUGUCUUCCUCGCCUAUUGUGAAUGAAGGUGGUGGUAGUAGCAGUUCAAGUGAUAUGAGUCUUGUUGGCGGGAGCCCUGCUAGCUACGAUUAUGGGAGACUUUCACCUGCAUUGGAUGCUCUUUUGGGAGAAGGAAGCAAGAAUUUGAAUAUGAUUUCUGACUCUGACAUUGAUGUUGUUUCAGGGUCACGUGGUAACUAUGGAAGUAAGUUUUUCCCAGAAAGAGAGAAUGGGGAUAUCUUUGUGGAUGUAACUAAGAAUGGAAAGGCGGUUUCUAAAGGAGCAGGUGAAGCAAAUAGUAGGUUACCAAUCUCUCCUGUUGCUCAUGCAACACCAGCUUCGGAUAUUUUGAUUGAUAAAACAAAAUUUUCCCCAAACAAGUUAAUUAAAGAGAGAACUUUUCGACCAGUAAUGGAUGAUAAACUUGGUCAAGCAGAUGGGCAUAUUCAAAAUGAAUCUCCUUUGGUUGAUUUCAUAUCUUCGCCUGCCAAACGAAGAGAAGCACUUACAAGUUGUGCUUCACCACUCAAAAGUAUGUCAGCACUGACUCCUCAAGAAGAAAGAAGUUCUUUUCGAGGUACUGAAAUCAUAAAACAAGAUAGUACAUCAUCCAUCCAGAAAAGCAUUUCCAAGCUAAGAUUACUUGAAGCUUCUCCCUUCGCUUUUCUUGGAGCUGAAAAACGAAAUAUUAAGCCACAUAAUAUUACAGAUUCUUAUCCUUUCAACAUCCUUUCAGAGAAAGAGAUGAAUAAUUUUCAGAUGAAGGAAUUGUCUGCAUCUUCCACAGACACUGAGAGCCAACUCUUAAGGGAUUCUCUUGGGGAAGGGGCACAAGUAAGUAAUUUUAACAUAAAAAAUAAUCAAAUCGAGGAUUCAGGUGGAGGAAAUAUGCCUCAAACUGAAGAAGUUAAUGUAGUUGCUAUUUCACCCUCUCAGCUAAUUUGUCCUGGAAAGGAGAUGGAGCAUGAUUUAUUCAGGUCAAAAGAUCCAAAUGAUGAUGUACUUGUAACCGCUGGAAUUGAUUCUUCUUCAGCUGAGACCACUCUUGAUUAUAUUCGAGCGAAGAAUUUAACUGGUACACCUCAAAUAUCUGUUCCUUGUCCAGAUAAAGGGGUACAAAAGAAGUUGACAGCGUCGCCAGAACUUCUGAAGCUAUCUAAAGAUUUAGUGCUGCAUGAUCGAUUUGUCAAACUUAAAAACUUUUCCCCAGGUCGAAACUUAUCUCUACAAGGAAGUGCUCUUGAUGAAAAUCUUUUUACUGAACCUCUUGGCAGAUCAGGUUAUUUCUCGAUUGGGAGGGAAGUUCAUCCUAGCUCACCUGCUUCUGCAGUCUGCAUUUCCAAUCUAAUUGAAGUUAACUCAACAGUUGCCAAAAAUGGUAAUGAUGAUGAUGGGAAUGUAGGUACUGGAGUGACCGAAAGAUCCCAGUUUCUUCAUAAUAGGGAACUGGAUGGAAAUCUCCAAUUUGGCAUUGGUCUCUCCAGGUCUUCAAGUGAGCUACAUGGGGGUGAACCAGAAGAUGUUUCUAAUGUCUCUUCGGUGCCAUCUGUUUGGAGGAAUUUGAAGGAGUUAACAUUUCCAAAGAAUUUGUUGGACUCAUUGACGCCAAGUCCUGCAAGGAAGGCGUUCGAGAUAGUGGGGAGGGAUAAUACAUGUGAGCAUCCUGUGGAAGAUGUUUUGUUUCCCACAUCCAAUCAAAUGAAAUCUUCUCUUAAAAGAAGGAAUAGAGUAAUUGACUUUGAGGAUAGACAACAUAGAAAUGAAGUGGCUCCAGAGCUGAGGAGUCCAAAACUUCUGAAAGUGGGGUGUAAAGAUGUGGAAAUGCGUGGAUAUACUAGUGAAAAUUUUGGAGAAAGAUCUGUUGAAGCAUCAAAGCAUUGGACUGAUAUAUAUUCAAAAUUUUCACAUGAUGCAGAACGAUUGUUCACGCUUUCCAAGGAUAAGCUUAAUCUUUCAGUGAUUGAUUUGCUGGAAGGGUUUUUGUUUCAAUUGAAGAAGUUAAAGAUGUACGAGAUGGUUGGCACUGGAAUCUUUACUCAGAAAACAUCUGUUCGUCUUGACCAGCAAACUGAAAGAGCUGGUGGAACAAGAAUGUUAUUGCAUCAAAUCCUGCAUGAAAGGUCAAAACUACAGCUCAUGCGUGCUAAGCAGCAGAGGUUAUUGGGAAAGUUACAAAAAUUGAGCCAGGGAAAUCAGGAGUCUCAAAUGUUGAAACAAAAUUUUUUGUCCCAGUUGAGGAGAGGUGCCCAAGCUGACAUCCUUGGCCUUCAAAAUUUUGUUCAUGUGAAGCAGAGGGAUGAGGUGACAUGUGAAAAAGUGGCAGCAAUCAAGCAGGCUUUAGAAUCAUUGGAUAGAAAGAAAGCUAAGUUUACCAAAGCACUUCAGAGUUCUUGUAAGAUUAAGGGAGAACUUAGCUGUGUUGACAGUGUUAGUUUAGUUAAUGAUCAUUUGAUGAAGGAAUCACGUCAUAGGUUUAUUCGUCAAGACAUGCAGAUGUGGGUUGUUGAUGAUGUGCAGAGUAAGAGUGGGCAUCAUGAUAUUGCUCUCAACUACCUUGAUCUAAUCAUUCAGAGGUUGGUUGGUACCAAAGGAAAAGGAAUAAAUGAGACGUUCUGCUUUGUCUCUUCAUGUUCUAGUAUGAUGAGUUCUUGUAUGGUGGAUAAUUGCAGGGUGCAACUUACUGUUGGUACAGUGAAAAGCAUUGUCAUCUCCAAUAAAGUGGAUGAUGCAAAAAUUAGGAAGAUUUUCCCAAAUAUGGAUGCUUGCAAAGCGUUUUCAGUUGUCCUAAAUGCUGAGAGCACACGGAAGUAUUUUGGUUGUAGAAGUCUGGCACAAGAAAUACAAGUAACUAGUUCACUUCUUGGUAAUUUGGUGGAUGUGGUUCGGGAGCUGCAGAUGGCUCAGAUAGAACUUCGUAAUCUGACUGAUAUAUCAUUUCAUUGUCCAUUAGUUGGGCAGCUGAAUUUGCAUCUUUCUUUCUUCAGUUUUAAGAGUGGAAAGAAAGUUUCCUUGAUAUUUAACAUGUCUAGUUUGAAUCGGGGUGUAUACCCAUCAGAUAUCCUACCUUCACAGUUAACAGCAUUUAAAGGGAUGAAUAAUACAUCAGGUGAUCCUAUCAUAGGUGAAAUUAGAGAUGCUUUCAAAAGCCUUAGAGCUGGAUACAUGAGAAUUAUACGGCUAUGCCGGUGCAUUUCCCUGGUUGUUCAAGGCUGAAACAAGUGAAAUUCCUUUGAUGAGGAAAAAAUGUGAAGAAUUUAUUAGCUUGGCCGCAUGGGGAAUCCAAUGGGUUAGCAUCUCAACUGUAUAUUGCACCUAUAAGGUCAUUUGAGAUUAUACUGGACAAGGGCCAUACGUAUGCGAAGACUUGCCCAAAGAUAACAAUGGGACAAAGUGGCAGUUAAGGGAGCUUCAAUCCUUCCCAGAGUUCAGCCGGAGGAGAGAUCAAGACGUGUAAUUUUGCUUAUGCAGCUAAUUCUUUCGAAAAGCUGCAGAAAAGCUUAGGAUUUUUGUUUAUUUGCAUCAUGUUUGACUACAAUCUAUGAUGGUGAAGCGGCGAUUCCUUCUGAUUUGUUACCUUAUGUGCUAUUAUAGGAACUUUUUAAAGCUGUUUUAGUGUUAGUUUGUGGAUUAAUUCAGGGUGCAGUUGAAUGGAGUAGGAUGUAACUCGUAAGGUAUGCAUUUUUUGCUUUUGUCUCUACUCGCAAACAUACUUGGAUCUGCAAUCCAAACACCUUCCUGAGAUAGCACAAUUCACCUCGGUUUUGCGAUCCGAAAGUGUUUUCAUCGAAUGUUUUAUAGGUCGCUCAUGUAUUUACCAGAACGAAAUGACUGCAUGAAUGUAUCUCUUUGUUCUUAAUGAUAUAAACAUUUAAGACAUGUUUAUUCUCA